AUGUCUCGCUCCCGCCAGGCCAAGUCUUCCAAAUCAGUCCGGAAGGAAGACCUCAACAAAAAGAAAAACAGCCAACUGAAGAAGAAGGCCUCCAAGCCCAUUCAUAAAAAUGUGGCCUCAGGAAAGACUGUUACCCCUGGAAAAUCGAGGCAGUCCAUUCAUGAAAGAGAUGGCAAGAAAAAAACCGAAACGAAACCACUGGUGCCCAGUAGAAGCCUGCUGACUCGAGCUGGAGCAGCGCGAAUGAAUCUGGAUCGGACCGAGGUUCUGUUUCAGAACCCCGAGUCCUUAACCUGCAAUGGAUUUACAAUGGCUCUUCGCAGCACCUCGCUCAGCAGACGGCUCUCCCAGCCCCCCGUGGUCAGACCCAAGAAAGUCCCACCUCCAAAGAACACAGAAAAGCAACCUAAGGUCCCUUCUGGCUCGGGAGUCAAACACCCAGAGAAGGAUUCCACCCCAGUGCAAGAUCCUGCAGUUCCUCCCGAGCCAGAGAAUCAAAGUCUCGUUCCAAAUGCAUCUCUAAGCAAAGGUGAGAGUCAAGAUGCCAUCCUCUCAAGGGCCCCGGAGGUCGAGGAUUCCAGAAUCCUGAGCUCCACCCUCAGUGGCCCUGCAGCAGGGGUUCUCUCGGAGUCACUGGGGAAGACGCCGGCCAACGAAGGACUGUUUUCCAAAGAGAUAAUGACUGAUGUCAGUGAUGCCUCUAGAAUGUUCGCCCAGGACACCCCGUGUGCUCCUUGGAUCCAAAGAGCAGCCCUCCAGGUUACCUCCCAAGAAAACCCAAGCAAUCAGCUAGAAGAUUUAGGCUCCCGGGUGGAAUCUCUCAAGCUAUCUGACUCUUCCCUGGGUCCCAUGGAAAGUGAACAGAAUUGCUGCCCUACCUCCAGCUUUAAUGACAUGGUCCCUGAAUUGGACCUGCAGGACUGUUUGUCUGCGGGUGGGUCAAUAUAUCCUACCUCAUUAAUAACGCUCCUCUUGAACAGUGCAAAGCAGGAAGCCGUGGGAGACGAACCAGCUCACCCAGGGAUCCUCCAGGCUCCCCCGGGGCAACAGGACGUUCCACAUUCCACCCCUGUCCCGGAACAGGCCUUCCGUGAUCUGCCACACCCAUGGGCAAUUCCUGGUGCUGACACAGUUCCCGGAGCAGCUCUGGGUCCGACCCCAGGCCCUGCUCAGCUCCCCGGUGCUAUUGCCGUCCAAGAAGAGGUCUUUGGUGCUAUCCUAGAUCAACCGAUCCUUGAUGUAGGCGGGGGGAUUGCCUCAGCCCCACCUAACUUUCUUCCCGCCCCUCUAAACCCAGUUCCUGCCUUUCCAACCCUCCCAGCAUGGCCUGAGCCGCAGAGCGUGAUUCCGUACGGGCUGGAGGUUCAGUGUGCUCUGCCAGUCUUAACGUUGGGCCCCAGUCAGACCCCUGAGCCCUCGUCCAGGCCAGAGAUCAGGUCAGAACUUCCAGUUAGAGCCACAGGCAAUCAAGACUGUGGGCAGCAGCUUCCCGGGAGUUUCCUGCCGCCGAAUACUCCAGGGUUCCUGAUAGAAGCUGAGAACGGUUUCCACCAGAACUCUCAGCCUCCCCAGAUUGGUCCCCGCACUUCGGAAGGAGGAAGCUCCCUCGUUGCUGGGACGAGCCUGGCUGAUUCCAGCACCACAGUGGGGUCCGCACCAGGGUCACUUGCCAGGACAGCCGCUUUCCCUUCCUAUGCCGCUGGGCCACCCUUGGAAAAGAAAAAAAGAAAGCGAUGUGGGGUCUGCGAGCCCUGCCAGCUGAAGGUCAACUGUGGUGAGUGUACUUACUGCCAGAACAGGAAGAACAGCCAUCGAAUCUGUAAGAAGAGAAAAUGCGAAGAGCUGAAAAAGAAACCUUCGCUCACGGGGGCUUUGGAGGUUGUAAAGGAAAACAAGAGGCCCCAGAGGGAAAAGAAGCCCAAAGUUUUAAAGGCAAAUUUUGACAACAAACCAGUAAAUGGCCUCAAGUCAGAAUCCAUGGACUACAGUAGCUGUGGUCAUGGGGAAGAACAAAGAUUAGAAUUGACCCCACGCCCCCAUGAAAAUGUGACUAAAAAUGAAGGCAGCAAGGCGGCUAACGCAGUGGAUCAGUGGCCACAAACCAAAACAUCACAGUUAACCGAUCAUGUCCAGGGAGAGUUCAGGGCAGUGGUGACAGAAGCUGAAAAAUGGAAAACCGCUGAAAAUGACAAGAAUAAAGUCCUACUUACUGACUUCCUUAAACCUCAAAAUUCACUUAUACAAGCUGUAAGAAAUGGCAUCAAAAAUGUGCACUGCAUACCAACUGAAACCAAUGUGUCCAUUACAAACUCCAAUUUGGAUGAAUCUGCCAAGGCAAUGGGAAACAAUUCUAAUAAAUUCCUGAAAGCCCCUGCAAACCACCACCAUGCUAUGAGUUCCAUAGCAGCUAAUGAGAGAGGCCAUCAUCUCACGGGCAGGAGUGGCAUCUCUGUCUUCCAGAAGCCUGGCUUUAACUGCAAAUCUUUCCCAAAUCCUUCCGACUUCAACACCAACAGUCACCCUAUGACACACAGUGAAAGUGUUCAUCCCAAAACUCCAGACACGGUACCAAGUAAAGACCCAAAAGAUGGAUCUCCCAUGCAGCCUAGUCUUCUAUCCCUCAUGAAAGACAGGAGGCUAACGCUGGAGCAAGUCGUGGCCAUCGAAGCUCUGACACAGCUUUCGGAAGCUACAUCUGAGAAUUCCUCACCAUCGAAGUCAGAGAAGGAUGAAGAGACGGAGCAGAGAACAGCUAGUUUGCUUAAUAGCUGUAAAGCUCUCCUCUAUUCGGUUAGGAAAGACCUUCGGGAGCCCAACUUGCAUGAAGAGCAUCAAAGCCGUCAGCACUGUCCGCCACUGGAAAAGCAAAAUUCAUGCAGCAUGGUGGUAUUUAACGGCCAGAAUCCCAUAGCUAAGUCACCCAAUAGCCCUGCUGUUAAACAGGAACCUGCAAAAUCCAAGGAGUAUUCAAAGGACACUGAUUCUCUUUUUAUACCAAAUUCAGCUUCAUCUGAAACUGACACCAAUAAAAAUGUUUCCCAAGGAAGAAAUACCCUUGACAGUUCCACAUAUUUGAAUCAUUUGACACCAAAAACUAGCAAAUUGGGGUAUUGUCACCCAUCAUUGGAUGCUAAUAAAAAGUUGGAUUCAAAGGAUAAUUCACCAAAUCAAGAUACUGUUCACAGUAAAAUCGAGGAAGAUGUGGCCACACAGUUAACACAACUUGCAUCUAUAAUUAAAUGCAAUUAUAUAGAACCAGACAAGAAAAACGUUGUAAGUCCACCAGCAAGCCUUGUUCCACAGAAUACACAGCAAAAAUCUAGUAAGGAGAAGAGUACAAUACAACAGAAACCACCUUCAAGCGCACAAAAUAAACCUGGCUCAGCAUUGACCAAGCAGAAGAGCACAACUCAGAAAAAGGCAAAAUCUUCUGCACCGAGAGAUAGGAGGAAAAAGAAGACCACAGUCAUGAGUUGUCAAGAAAACGAUCAGAUAAAGAAGAAACAAUUGGCCUAUGAGUAUACUAAGUUGCAUGAUAUUUGGAUAGCGUCUAAAUUUCAGCGAUUCGGUCAAUUUGGUUCCCAUGACUUUCCUAUUCAAUUGGGGAAAAUUCCUCCCCUGACCCAAGUGUUGAAACCUUUGACUCAAUCAAGUUCUGCAUUAGAGCAGAAAAAAUUGUUUCCUCCACGCAGCCAAAUCAAAUUUGAGCGUCGUUAUUCUGAGUUGGCACAAGAAGAAACAUUAAAAGUCGAAUCAUUGAACAGUCUCCCCAUCACCCAGAUCAAAGUGGAAUCCAACGGACAGGUGUUUACAGAAAGAGUUUCUAAUUCUCAGGUACAGCCAGCAGUGAAUGUCAAUCAGAAAACGUCUCCGUUACCCCAGUCCUCUCUAGCUCACCAGUGUGCUAAUAGGAUGGCUGGGAUUGAGCAAUCAAAGUACCAGCAGGAUGUCAAAGACCAGCUCGACCCCCAGAAGCUUCCAACAGUCACUGAGAAUUCUCCCGAGACACCCUUACCAGACCCAGCGCAAAUUCUCAGGAUUGCAAAUGUGGUAACUUCAGGUGGAAUUACAGUGGUUUCUAGCAAAAGCGAAGAGGAAGUUUAUUCAUCUAGUGUGGGAACAUCAGAGGUCUCCCCCGAAGACAGAGCUCAGCAAAAUUUUAAUGAUUAUGCCAUGAAGUACUUUACUAAUGAGACAAGAAACUUUGUGUCUGCAAUGAAAGAAUCUGAGUUGCCAGCCUGUGAUUGUCCCGAUCGAGGUAUACAAAAAGACAAAGGCCCAUAUUAUACACACCUUGGGGCAGGACCAAAUGUUGCUGCUGUCAGGGAAAUCAUGGAGAAUAGAUUUGGUCAAAAAGGAAAAGCAGUAAGGCUAGAAGUAGUAGUGUAUACGGGAAAAGAAGGAAAAAGCUCUCAAGGGUGUCCAGUUGCAAAGUGGGUAUUAAGAAGAAGAAGCAAAGAAGAAAAAGUCCUCUGCUUGGUCCGACGGCGCCCGGGCCACCACUGCUCCACAGCCGUGAUUGUGGUGCUCAUCAUGGUGUGGGAUGGCAUCCCGCUCCCACUGGCCAACCGACUGUACUCGGAGCUCACGGACAACCUGAAGGCAUACAACGGUCACCCCACGGACCGGAGAUGCACGCUGAAUGAAAAUCGGACCUGUGUAUGUCAAGGGAUUGAUCCAGAAACUUGUGGUGCUUCCUUUUCUUUCGGCUGUUCGUGGAGUAUGUAUUUUAAUGGCUGCAAAUUUGGUAGAAGUCCAAGCCCUAGAAGAUUUAGAAUUGAUCCAAGUUCUCCCUUACACAGCUACUAUGAAAGAAUUACUAAAGGACGUAUUCCAGAAAGAAGAUAUAUGAAACCGGAUCGAAUCUGUCCGGGACAAGAGGCCAUGGAAAAAAACCUUGAAGAUAAUUUGCAGAGUUUGGCUAAUGAAUUGGCUCCUAUUUACAAGCAGUAUGCACCCCUUGCUUACCAAAAUCAGGUGGAAAAUGAACACAUUGCCCGAGAAUGUCGGCUUGGAACCAAAGAGGGUCGCCCUUUCUCUGGGGUCACUGCUUGCCUGGACUUCUGCGCCCAUCCUCACAGGGACAUCCACAACAUGAACAAUGGAAGCACUGUGGUCUGUACUUUGACCAGAGAAGAUAACCGUGAGUUGGGCGUCAUCCCUCAAGACGAGCAGUUGCACGUGCUGCCCCUGUACAGACUUUCGGACACAGACGAGUUUGGCUCCACUGCAGGGAUGGAGGCCAAGGUCAAGGCGGGGGCCGUCGAGGUGCUGCGGCCCCGCCUGCGAAGGAGGAAACGCUUCACCCAGCCCGUGCCCCGGUCGGGCAAGAAGAGGGCCGCUCUGAUGACAGAGGUGCUCGCCCACAAAGUGAGGGCCGUGGAGAAGAAGUUCCUGCCCCGGGUCAAGCGCAAGGGCACCCCGACGGCCAACCACAGCAAGUCGUCACCGCUUGGAGUCUUAUGGUCCCCUAAGACUGCCACAUCCACUGGCGGUGCUUUUCAGAACAAUGCGACCAGUACCACCCCCGGGCUAUCAGAAAGAAAUUGCCAUCCCCGCUGCAGGAUGCCUGCUGCAAAACCCGGCGGGGCUCGUGCACCUGCUGCAAAACCCGGCGGGGCUCGUGCACCCGCUGCAAAACCCGGCGGGGCUUGUGCACCCGCUGCAAAACCCGGCGGGGCUCGUGCACCCGCUGCAAAACCCGGCGGGGCUCGUUCACCCCCUGCAAAACCCGGUGGGGCUCGUGCACCUGCUGCAAAACCAGGCGGUGCUCAUGCACCUGCCGGGCCCUGUCUCGGGGCCCCACCCCCGGUGCAGCGGUUCCUCCUGCCACCCCGCCCCGCCCUGCCCAGCGACCGGUGCCCGGCGGUGCUCAUGCACCUGCUGCAAAACCCGGCGGGGCUCGUGCACCUGCUGCAAAACCCGGCUGCGCUCGUGCAGCUGCCGCAAAACCCGGUGGUGCUCAUGCACCUGCUGCAAAACCCGGCGGUGCUCGUGCACCCGCUGCAUAACCCGGCGGGGCUCGUGCACCUGCCGGGCCCUGCCUCGGGGCCCCACCCCCUGGUGCAGCGGUUCCCCGUGCCACCCCGCCCCGCCCCGCCCUGCAACCUGUGCCCGGCGGUGCCCAUGCACCUGCUGCAAAACCCGGCGGGGCUCGUGCACCUGCUGCAAAACCCGGCGGGGUCGUGCACCCGCUGCAAAACCCGGCGGUGCUCGUGCACCUGCCAGGCCCUGCCUCUGGGCCCCACCCCCGGUCCAGCGGUUCCUCCUGCCACCCUGCCCCACCCCGCCCUGCGACCUGUGCCCGGCGGUGCUCAUGCACCUGCUGCAAAACCCGGUGGGGCUCGUGCACCCGCUGCAAAACCCGGCGGGGCUCGUGCACCUGCUGCAAAACCCGGCGGGGCUCGUGCACCUGCUGCAAAACCCGGCGGGGCUCGUGCACCUGCUGCAAAACCCGGCGGGGCUCGUGCACCUGCUGCAAAACCCGGCGGGGCUCGUGCACCCGCUGCAAAACCCGUCGGGGCUCAUGCACCUGCUGCAAAACCAGGCGGUGCUCAUGCACCUGCUGGGCCCUGCCUCGGGGCCGCACCCCCUGGUCCAGCGGUUCCCCCUGCCACCCUGCCCCGCCCUGCCCUGCGACCGGUGCCCGGCGGUGCCCAUGCACCUGCUGCAAAACCCGGCGGUGCUCGUGCACCCGCUGCAAAACCCGUGCACCUGCCGGGCCCUGCCUCGGGGCCGCACCCCCUGCGACCGGUGCCCGGCGGUGCUCAUGCACCGCCUGCAAAACCCGGCGGGGUCGUGCACCUGCUGCAAAACCCGGCGGGGCUCGUGCACCUGCCGCAAAACCCGGUGGUGCUCAUGCACCUGCUGCAAAACCCGGCGGUGCUCGUGCACGCGCUGCAUAACCCGGCGGUGCUCAUGCACCUGCUGCAAAACCCGGCGGGGCUCGUGCACCUGCUGCAAAACCAGGCGGGGCUCGUGCACCUGCUGCAAAACCCGGCGGGGCUCGUGCACCUGCUGCAAAACCCGGCGGGGCUCGUGCACCUGCCGGGCCCUGCCUCGGGGCCGCACCCCCUGGUCCAGCGGUUCCCCCUGCCACCCUGCCCCGCCCUGCCCUGCGACCGGUGCCCGGCGGUGCUCAUGCACCGCCUGCAAAACCCGGCGGGGUCGUGCACCUGCUGCAAAACCCGGUGGUGCUCAUGCACCUGCCACAAAACCCGGUGGUGCUCAUGCACCUGCUGCAAAACCCUGCGGGGCUCGUGCACCCGCUGCAAAACCCGGCGGGGCUCGUGCACCUGCCGGGCCCUGCCUCGGGGCCGCACCCCCUGGUGCAGCGGUUCCCGUGCCACCCCGCCCCGCCCCGCCCCGCGACCGGUGCCUCCCCGGGGCCGGUCCCCCCUUGCCGCGCGUCCUCACGAGGUUGCUUCCUCCCUGCCAGACGACGAGGAGCCGCCCUCGGACGCCGACGAGCCGCUCUCGGACGAGGCCCUGUCGGACGAGCCGGGCGCGGCGGGCCCGGCGCGCGUGCCGCACAUGGACGAGUACUGGUCGGACAGCGAGCACAUCUUCGCGGACGCCAGCGCGGGCGGCGUGGCCGUGGCGCCCACGCACGGCUCGGUGCUGAUCGAGUGCGCCCGGCGCGAGCUGCACGCCACCACGCCCGUGCCGCGCCCCAACCGCAACCACCCCACGCGCCUCUCGCUCGUCUACUACCAGCACAAGAACCUCAACGAGCCCCGCCACGGCUUCGAGCUCAACAGGAUCAAGUUCGAGGCCAAGGAGGCCCGGAAGACCAGCAAGGCCUGCGAGCAGCGGCCCCCGGCGCCGCCGCCCCCCGCGGGGCCCGACCUGGGCCCCGGGCUCAACGAGCUGGCCCAGAUCCCCUCGCACAAGGCGCUGACCCUGACCCAUGACAACGUGGUCACUGUGUCCCCGUAUGCGCUCACGCACGUGGCGGGGCCCUACAAUCACUGGGUCUGA